GUCCCCGCCGCCCUCCGUGCGGAGAUGAAGCACAUAGUGGGCAUCGGAGGUGUCACCAAUGGCGGCAAGACCACGCUGACCAACAGCCUGCUCAAGUCCCUGCCCAACUGCUGUGUGAUUCACCAGGAUGAUUUUUUCAAGCCCCAAGACCAAAUAGCAGUUGGGGAGGACGGCUUCAAACAAUGGGACGUGCUGGAGUCCCUGAACAUGGACGCCAUGCUGAGCACCGUGCGGGCCUGGGAGAGCAACCCCCAGAAGUUCGCCCGAGCCCAUGGGGUCAGUGUCCAGACCGAUGCGUCAGACACCCACAUCCUCCUCCUGGAAGGCUUCCUGCUCUACAGCUACAAGCCCCUGUUGGACUUGUACAGCCGGAGGUACUUCCUGACGGUGCCAUACGAAGAGAGCAAGUGGAGGAGAAGUACUAGAAACUACACAGUCCCCGAUCCCCCUGGCAUCUUCGAUGGCCAUGUGUGGCCCAUGUACCAGAAGUAUAAGCAGGAGAUGGAGGCCAACAAUGUGGAAGUGGUGUACCUGGAUGGCACCAAGUCCCGCGAGGAGCUCUUCUAUCAAGUCCUGGAAGACAUUCAGAACUCCCUCCUGAAUCACUCCUCGGUGUGA